AAUGUAAUGGACAGUAGAUGUGGAAAGUGAGAAAGGCACCAAUUUGCACAGGACGCAUUAAAAUAGAUUUUAAAAUGUAUAAAUAGGAAAGUUGAAAAUGGAAAUGCGCUGCGUGUGAGUAAAAGAAGCUUCUUCCCCGCUGUAUUUUAAGGUCUUCCUUCUCAUAAAAAUCAGAUUACUGUUUGAUAGCUUCAUUGUUAGGAAACCCAGUUUUUGCAGAGCUGUUUUGGAGCUCAAAUAUCUGGACUCUUUAAUUGCUACCAAUCAAAGAAAGGAAAAUUUGCAGAUGAAGAGAGAGAGAGAGAGAGAGAAGUAAAAGCUAAGCUCGACAUUAAUACAUGAAACCAGUCCACGAAGCAAAUGAUUGUUCUCUUUAAUUCAAUUUCGAACCAUGGUUUUUCAUCAGAUGAUUGUUAUUAGAUUCGUUUUCUCAAUUUUAUUGGGUUGGUUAUCAUCAUCAUCAGUUGGGGCUACUAAUUCAACUAAAUGUGAUCAGUACUGUGGAGCAGCUGGUUCUAAUGGUCCACGUGUUUCUUAUCCAUUUGGGUUUUCGGAGGGUUGUGGGAUUCGUUUGGAUUGUACUGAAAGUACUGGAGAAAUCAGAAUUGGGGAAUAUCAAAUACAGAAUGUAACUUCAGAGACUCUGAUGGUCAACUUCCCGGUGAAUUGCAGCCGUCAGAUUGAGGAUCUUCAACAAUUUGAUCGAACCAACUUUGGUAUGACUUGGAGAAAUGGGCUGCUUCUACAGAAUUGUAAAGUUCCGAAGAGCGAGUGUACUAUACCAUCGGAACUUUUAAGCGGGCGUUUGAACAUACAGUCAUGUGAUUCGAAGAAAGAGAAUGUCAGUUGUUAUUCAGCGGUGGCGGCUGAUUAUUUGGAUUACCAGAAACUGAGGAAUACAGGGUGUGGAAUUGUGGUUUCGUCCAUCUUGAUUGGUAUGGAUAAUGAUACAAAGAAGAGUUCUGCCAUGUUCCUGGAAUUUCAGACGAUGGAAUUGGCAUGGGGAUUGGAAGGGGAUUGUGCAUGUGAUGACGAUGCAAAUUGUACCAACGUUUCUCUUCCAAGGAACCGAAAAGGUUUCCGGUGCCGGUGUAAAGAUGGAUUCGUCGGUGAUGGUUUCCGCGACGGUGAUGGGUGCCGGAAAGUUUCUAGAUGCAAUCCUUCCAGAUACCUUUCUGGCCGAUGUGGUGGAACUACAAGAGUUGGUGUGCUCGUUGGAGGGAUUAUUGUUGGAGCUGGUUUAAUGGUUGCUCUAGCUUUUCUUUGCUACUGCAUUCGAAGACGUUCGACAUCUCUCAAGAAAAGAAUGAGCGCCAGACGCCUUCUAUCUGAAGCUGCCGGCAGCAACAGUGUUCCUGUAUUUCAAUACAAAGAAAUUGAGAGGGCAACAAAUAGUUUCUCUGAGAAACAGAGGCUGGGAAUAGGGGCUUAUGGCACAGUUUAUGCUGGAAAGCUCCACAGUGAUGAAUGGGUUGCAAUUAAGAAACUAAGACAUCGAGAUCCGGAUGGUGUUGAACAAGUGAUGAAUGAGGUUAAGCUUUUGUCCUCUGUAAGUCAUCCAAACUUGGUCCGCCUCUUAGGUUGUUGUAUUGAAAAUGGUGAACAGAUUCUUGUUUAUGAAUUUAUGCCCAAUGGAACUCUAGCUCAGCAUCUACAGAGAGAAAGGGGUUCAGGACUUCCAUGGACAAUACGUCUCACUAUCGCCACAGAAACUGCUCAUGCAAUUGCUCACCUUCACUCAGCAAUGAAUCCACCAAUAUACCACAGGGAUAUCAAAUCAAGUAACAUACUAUUGGAUUACAACUUCAACUCAAAGGUUGCAGACUUUGGUCUUUCCAGAUUUGGCAUGACAGAUGAUUCCCACAUUUCUACAGCACCACAAGGUACUCCAGGUUAUGUGGAUCCUCAGUACCAUCAGAAUUACCAUCUUUCGGACAAGAGUGAUGUGUACAGCUUUGGGGUGGUUCUUGUAGAAAUCAUUACAGCACUGAAAGUGGUUGAUUUCUCUAGAUCACACAGUGAGAUUAAUUUGGCUGCACUUGCAAUCGACAGGAUAGGGAAGGGUCGUGUGGAUGAGAUCAUCGAUCCAUUUCUCGAGCCACACAGAGAUGCAUGGACUCUAUCAUCAGUUCAUAGAGUUGCAGAGCUUGCUUUCAGAUGCCUUGCAUUUCAUAGGGAUAUGAGGCCUUCAAUGACAGAAGUGGCAGAUGAGCUAGAACAGAUCAGGCUCAGCAGUUGGGCAUCAUUAGAGGACAAUGUGUGUAUGACUUCAUCAGUGAAUUCUUCUUGCUCAUCUCCCCGAAGUAUGAGCGAGACAUCUUUUCGUAGUACAACUAAGAAAGGAAUUGGGAGUAGAAGGUUGAUUGUUCCGCAGAAGUUAGCGAAUUCACUGGCAACCAUGGAGGAAAUAAAGGAUAGGUCCCCCGUUUCUGUGCAGGAUCCUUGGUUAAGUGAAGAGAGUCCCCCUUCAACAAACAGAUUAUUAGGUAAUUCUGGUCGAUGAUGACUUGAAAAAAAAAAGUUUGCUCUAGGUAGAAAACUGAGGUGAUCACCUGUAAUCUAUUACCAACCUUUCUUGCCUUCUGAUCUAGUGACUAAUACCAAAGAGUAAUACAAGAGUUCUCUUUGUAUCCAAACUUAUAUUGCUUCUGCUGCUUCAUACGCAGACUUAUACAUUAUGAAGAAUGUGAAAUAGUAUUUGCAGUGCCAUGAA